AUGCCAGCGAUCGCGGUGCUCGCGGCCGCGGCGUGCUGCCUCCUGCAGGUGGAGAGCCGGCACCUGGCUGCGCUCGCCGGCGGCCCCAACCACGGCCAUUUCCUGGACAAUGACCAGUGGCUGAGCACCGUCUCCCAGUACGACCGGGACAAGUAUUGGAACCGCUUUCGAGACGAAGUUGAGGAUGAUUAUUUCAGAAACUGGAAUCCCAACAAGCCCUUUGACCAAGCCCUGGACCCAUCCAAGGAUCCCUGCUUGAAGGUGAAAUGCAGCCCUCACAAAGUGUGUGUGACCCAGGACUACCAGACCGCCCUGUGUGUCAGUCGCAAGCAUCUGCUCCCCAGGCAAAAGAAGGGGAAUGUGGCUCACAAACACUGGGUUGGACCUUCGAAUCUGGUCAAGUGCAAGCCCUGUCCUGUGGCACAAUCAACCAUGGUCUGUGGUUCCGAUGGCCAUACCUAUACAUCCAAGUGCAAGUUGGAGUUCCACGCUUGUUCUACCGGCAAAAGCCUCACCACCCUCUGUGAUGGGCCCUGUCCAUGUCUCCCGGAACCUGAGCCACCAAAACACAAGGCAGAAAAGAAUGCCUGCACUGACAAGGAGUUGCGGAACCUUGCUUCCCGGCUGAAAGAUUGGUUUGGAGCUCUUCAUGAAGAUGCAAACAGAGUCAUCAAGCCCACCAGCUCUGACACAGCCCAAAGCAGGUUUGAUACCAGCAUCCUGCCCAUCUGCAAAGACUCCCUGGGCUGGAUGUUCAACAAGUUGGACAUGAAUUAUGACCUCCUGCUUGACCACUCAGAGAUCAAUGCCAUCUACCUGGAUAAGUACGAGCCCUGUAUCAAGCCUCUCUUCAACUCUUGUGACUCCUUCAAGGAUGGCAAACUCUCUAACAAUGAGUGGUGCUACUGCUUCCAGAAGCCUGGAGGUCUCCCUUGCCAGAAUGAAAUGAACAGAAUUCAGAAGCUGAGCAAGGGGAAAAGCCUGUUGGGGGCAUUCAUACCGCGGUGUAAUGAGGAGGGCUAUUACAAAGCCACUCAGUGCCAUGGAAGCACAGGGCAGUGCUGGUGUGUGGAUAAAUAUGGGAACGAGCUGGCUGGUUCCAGGAAGCAGGGUGCUGUGAGCUGUGAAGAGGAGCAGGAAACCUCAGGGGAUUUUGGCAGCGGUGGCUCCGUGGUCCUGCUGGAUGACCUAGAGGAUGAACGGGAGUUGGGACCAAAGGACAAAGAGGGGAAGCUGAGGGUGCACACCCGGGCUGUGACGGAGGACGAUGAGGAUGAGGAUGAUGACAAAGAAGAUGAGGUUGGCUACAUAUGGUAGUGCCCACAAGAAAGAGGACACAAGGUUUUGCACAAAAUUGCAAGUCACUUCCUAUUCCUGCAUUUGUAUCUAAGACUCCAAGGCACCAAGGUCUCUUCUCCAUUGUUGCUCUCUAUACCCGACAUAAGGUUUGGAAGACAACUGCUUGUUCCCAGAGCAUUCUGAUUUUGCAUACGUUUGUGUGGAAGAAAGGGUGUUGUGUUCUUGUUUUUCUUUUCUGGACAGGGAAAUGGUUGGCUUAAUUAGAGCUUCCUUCCUUCCUGUGAGAUUUUUGCAACAAGCAUGUGAUUUAUGUGGAAUUCUGACCGUGCAGGGAGCCCCCACCCUCUUCAACGUCAAAUACCCUUUUUAAUUACCCACACUGGUGGUUAUUACAGCAUGGUUCCCAGCCUUACAGUGUCUAAGUGCUUUUCUUGUGUCCUGUAGAUGUCGUGGAAACACACACACACACACACACACACACACACACACACGCAGUACCAUUUACCUUGCUCCCAUUGCUUCUGGUGUUUAUUAUCAAAAAUUAGUUUUUCACAUCACUAUAUCUGGCUUCCUACAAACAGUAGCCUUAAUUCAGUGAAGAGUUCCUUUGGGGAAUUCAUUUUCUUUAUUAAAAAUUGGUGUCUGGAUGCUUCUCUCUGUAUAUGCAUAAACAUUAAUGUAUGUACAGAAGAGACUGUGUAUGUGUGUGUCCUGCACACCAUAUACAUACUUCUCAGAAAAAGUGUUUGGAUAUCUAUGAAAAACUCCUUUGAAAAACAAAUACAGAUUUGUCAGCUUGUCCAGACCUGGAACAAAAUUUCUGACAUAAGAAAUCUGUGUCAAAGUCCUUUCUUGCACUAAUAGUUGGUGGCACUUGUAGCCUGCAGGCUGAGGAGGUUUUUCCUCUCUGCAUCAGUAGAGUGACUAGAAGCCUCUGAUUCAGAUCAAGCUUCUGUCUGCCUGAAUCACUUUCUUGCAGAAGCCAUGCAACCCCCACGCAGGCAGCUCCACAAGCCAUCUCUCUUGUUUCUGCUUAAAGCCCCCUUGGGCUGCAGUCAUCCUGUCUGCCAUAGGUCCCUUCCUUCCCUACCUACUCAAGGGCUUUUUCUAAGGCAUGCAACACAUAUCCCUGUUCUCUGAGAAGACAGUGCCACAGUGUUCUUAAGAGAAGAAAAUUUAAGAUUCUGAACUAAAUUCUGCUUCUGUCCCCUUUCUAUUCAUAAAUCAUGAUAAGGUUAAAAACCACAUAGAUUUUUUUUUAACUACUCAUCAUUUGCAAAUAACCCCAGAUGGAGACCUACACAAAACUUCAUAGUAGCAUGUGGAGCUAGCACUGGAUUUGUAAGAGCUAAUUUUGCCUCCUCCUGACCCUCCCCACAAAUGUCAGAAUACUAAUUAAGAAAGCUCUUCACUCUUGUGUUUCUUUUCACUGAACUCAUUGGAAUCUAGUUCCAAAUUCGAUAAGGUCAUCAUCUCAACAUUCUUUAGGAUUUCUCUCCCUAUCAAGCUGAUCAGGCUACAAAUACCAAAGAGUAGUCUUCAAAGUGGCCCCGCUCAGUUCAGUACCAGUCCUUAAGCUCCUGUCCCACAGCUCCUGCCCCACCUUGUUUUCACCUAAGCAAGGCUCUCUGGCCCACAUUUCUUUAUUUUGCCUUCCCAUGGGCUUCAGCCAGUCCUCAAGAAGACCACAUAAACUCAGGCAACAACUGUAUUCAGCCAAACCAUGAUCACAGUGGCAGCUGGCCAAUCCUCCACCCUAAACUGACCAACAGAUGUACCAACCCACCCUAAAUUAGCAAGUUCCAGUGCUUGCAUUGGCUGGACAAAGUAGCAUCCCUAGAGUUGGUCUCCGAUGGAAUACGAACAUACGUCAUCUGGCUAAGUCCUUUGCCCUGGUAAAUACAUGUACAACCAUGACCCUGAGGGUUUGUUCUUUCUUUCUUCAUAGAGAGACCAUAGGCAAGCUCCGAGUUAGAAUCUCAACUUCAUCAUCUCUGCUUCAAUAUUUUUUCUCACUUGAACAAAACUUUGAGAUCAUAAUUUAGAAAACAGGUGCUUAAUUGCAGCUAAGUUAAAUAAAGUGUAUUAAAAAAUCAAGACACAUUAAAAAUCUCAGCUUAGAUCAUCAAAGAAAACCAUUGUUGCUGUCUCCUCUGAGCUCGGAAAAAUGCACAAGAGAACAAAUUAAAAUCGACAAUUUCACUUACAAAAACCUCUAGGAACAGGGUGAACCACUGAUUUUAAUUUGCCUAAUUAUCUUAUGACAAGUAUCAAAUUAAAAUAACACUUAAAGAUCCUUAGCAUUAACUUAAUGAUGGAGAAGAGUGCUUAAUAGACAAUUCCCAGGAAGGUAAUGAGAUGCCAUUUUCAGAGACAUUCCAAGAAGAUAUUUUGAUUCAUUAAAAUAUUAAGUAACCACCCCUCCCACAGGAUGCAAACCCCAAAAUCAACAGAGUAACAUUAUCACUUCUUUUCAUGCCUCACUUUGGCAUAGCAACAUGAGGUUUUUAAAAGAUCUUUAAUACUUUUCACAAGCACUAAAGAAUAGACUGAGUUACUUUGUCCUUAAAAUUAAAAUUUUAAUUUUCCUCUUUUUGGAAGGAGCCCUUUAGUUACUGUGACCAAGUAUACAAAAUAUGAUUUUUAUAAGAAAAAUUGUGAUAAUCCAAUCCUUUGUUUGAGACAGGUAUUAAAUUGAAUACUCACUACUCAUUUUUGGAGAGUACUUAGUGAAUAGUUUUAUUCUUAUUCCAUAAAGAGUUAUUUUAUUUAAUAUCAUUUCCUUGGCAUCCAACUUAAAUCCCCGAGUUUUCUUCAACCGUGGUUAGUUGUCUGCCAUAUUUAACAUCCUUUUUCUUUCUACAAAUAUUCUAGGCAUGGGGUUACCUUAGUAUUGAGUUUGAGGUUUUGUAUAAUAGUUUUCCCUUCUUUAUGCCCAUUUUCCUACCCACAGCACCAAAUGACAACAUGUCUGUCCAGGUCUGCCCCUCUGCUCUUCCCAGGAUGCCAUUCACAUUUGGGUUUCUUUUGUCUUGUUUUUUUUAACCUUGACCACACUAUACAGUUAACAUCCAAGAACCUGUUCUACAAUGGGUGGUUUUGGUCUUUUUAUACUUUUUUUCUCAGAGUCACUGAUGUUUGUCCCUGUUACAUGUGUAGCAUUGUAAUGAGAGCCCAUCAAAUCCUGAGUGUUAGUUUGUUGUCCCUAUUGUAGAUGAAAUAGUGACAUAGCAAAACCUAGUAAAUUCUGAAUGCUUUUCCACGUAGACUUAUUUGGAAUGUGAACACGACUCUUUGGUUAAUAGUAAAUGCUUAACUGUAGUCCUGAGUAGGUGCAUUUCUGUCUGUCUCAAUAAAUUUUACUUUGUCUGCAA